AUUUGUUCGCAAAGUGAAUGGUGAAUAAUUAACGCAUGGGUUGGGAAUGGGCAAGUGGCCCCACUUUCCUCAUCAAUUAUUUCCGGAGAAAAGCCGGUUGUUUAUCGACUUUAUUCCAAAGUCACCCGCGUGGAAAUCAUUGCGAUUGGAAACCUUCACUUGGACAGUGUUUCCCAUCGAAUUCCCAUCAAAUACAAUACAAUAAAAUAAAAACAAACUCCAAAAAUGGAUUUUCCUAUGGAUAUUGACUUGGAAUCCAAAGAAAUCAUUGUUGAAAGUGACAUUUCCGAUAAAACAACCGAUGCAGAAGACCCGGAAGUACAGAAAAAGUAUAAAAUGAUGUUAUCACUGUGGUUGUCCUUUUGCCUGGUUGGUUUUGUUUGGUUCGUGACCAAAGUGCUCAAGGGGCGUCAAAGAAUCAAAUAUAAUUUCUCAAGCAUCGAGGAGCAGUUGAAACGCAUGCAGGCUGUUAUAGAAGAACGGGAACGCGCAAUGGCGGAUAAAGCUAUUACAAAUGAAGAUCCGAAUCAAAAUAAUGAAGUAACACAGCAACAACCGAAAGUUUCACCUGAUGCGCAGAAAUUACUCGAGGAUUUAUCGAAAGCUUUUAAUAAAAGCGACAGUGAAGAUUUGGAAAACGUUGAAGAAAUUGAAGAAAAUGUAGAGGAUACAGAAGUUAAUGGAAAUAUUAAUAUGGAUGAUGAUUAUGAUAAAGAUGAUGAUGAAGAAGAAGAUGAAGAAAUUGUUACGGAAGUUACAAGUAGAAGAAGAAAAUUUAUUGACAAUCCUCUGGAUGAAGAUAAUGUUGAGUUAAUUCGUGAUACAAUAGAAGAUAUUAUUCAGGAAGGCAUCCAGGAAGUGGACAAAGAUAAAGAACCAUCCAAAAAGGAUAACUAAAUCAAAAUAAACUAAGAAAUACAGAAACUUGAAUCAAAAACGGAUUUUUUUGUUCUUCGUUGAUUAUUUAUGGAAGUGUGAAUAUUUUACUUCAUUUUAUUUCGUUUUCCUGAAGUGUUACUGCAGAAAUUUAUGGAAAUGUGAAUAUUUCUAAUGAUGAAGAUGUCAUUCAAGAAAAAAUGACAUCAAAAUCAAAAUAAAACGCAAAAAAAUACAAAAAACAUCAAUCACAAA